CCGCUUGUACUGUGACAGAUGUGUGCUGAAAAGAGACCACCACUGCUUCUUCACCGGCAGCUGUGUGGGGUACUUCAACCAGCGGCGUUUUGUUAUAUUCAAUUUAUACACGUGUCUAAGUGCUGUGCACGUGCUUGGACUGCUACUGCAAUAUCUGGAGAUACUGAACGGUCCUACAAUGGAAAGACUGUUGACUUAUAUCUUCCCUGUUACGGUCUAUGAAUGGUACGUAGGCUAUAUGCCAACCUCCACAGUACUAGUGGUGCUGGAGGUGUAUGUGUGUGCUGUAGCCUGUAUCGGGUGUGGUGGGCUGUUUGGCUGGCAGAUUAUGAUCAUCAGGGACGGACAGACGUCUUACGAGGCUGUCAAGAACAUCAAGAGAUACAACUUCGGUCGGAUCCAGAAUCUACGUGAAGUCUUUGGGCCGUACUGGGGGUUGAAUUUUGUGUUUCCCGUGUGGACCAAGCAGCCAGGGAACGGUAUUGACUGGACCCACACUAAGACUGUGAAAGGAUACUGACAAACAUGCAUGGGGGUCGUUCUCAUUGCCAUGUGCAAAAUGAUAUAGCAAGACUUGAUACGAAGCAGAUUACUUUUCCCACGAAAGAUACACCACAGCAUUAGUAUUGGUUGAUGGCUUGUAUGAAAUUAUAAUCACUUGUGUUUUAUCACCCCCAAGAGAUGUGGGGUGUAAAUUUCCAUGGUGUAAAUCGGCGAAUCUUUCAUAACUACUGAGGACCUAAUACAUUGAAGGCAAAUACGUACUAUCUAAAGCAACAUUUGAAUUAUAUGUGUACGAUUGUAGUAAAGGAAAUAUUUGAAUGACUGUAAUGCAUUGAUUUUUGAAUGCGUUCACAAACGGGUCAAGAUUUCGCUCGGAAUCAUAUAUCAUCACCAUGUUGUGUAUUUCCAAGCAGACGUUUGGAGUGAUGAUCUCCAAGCAGAUAUUUCGGGUGGGCGCUUAGCAACAAUACCUCCAAGUAUGUUUCAUAACCAUUUUGGGCCUAACAUGAAGCCCAAACGUACAUAAAGCAACGGUUAAGUUACAAAUGUACGACUGUAGCAAAAGAAAAAGUCGAAUGACUAUAAUGCAAUGUUUUUUUUAAACACCCUAUCCCAUAAUACACAAUAUAACUAAUUCAGAGAGGCUUGUAUCCUACUGACACUUUUUGUUUUGAAAACAGGCGAAAAGUCAUGUGCGCACGGAUGUAAUCCAUAAAAUCAAGAUAGUGAACUAUCUCUUCUCUGUGUAGAAGGACCUGUGCAAGAAGUACGAGGUUUUCGGCUACCCAAUGUUGGUUCUGCUGGACGCCUCGACCGGUGAGCCCGAGAUCGUGUGGAGGGCAAUGCUUUUCCAUAGAAGAAAUAAACAACCAUAUCUUAUCUGUCGACUGAAUUCGUGUACACGUGCAAACCCUUUGUGGGCGUGGCCUCUAACCAGCUGUCAGUCAGUCAGCUUUACCCAAAGAUCAAGGCGAUACUCUGAUUGGCUAACAGCUGGUUAGAGACCACGUCUACAGAAGUGGAAACUUCAGCCCGGUUUAGAAGAGCCUCCCCAUUUUAUACUAGUAAUUUGUAAAGGCUGCGGUCGAGGCUCUACAUAGCAGAAUGGAGCAUAUGUACCACUCCUACAGAUAAAUAAAUAGCACAGUGUAACAGAUUGUAGCAUGUUAAGGUUAUUAUUCAAUAUCACUGAUGUAUCAAAACUAUCGAAG